CUGACCUUCGUCAACUCUGGACUCAAUCUGCUGGAAGAACAAAAAAUGACCUCAAAGAAGUGUGAAACUAAAGAAUCUUCAGAGACACACUUCUACCAGAUUGCUGUGGACAAGGCCUUACAGAGUCCAAAUGGACACCUGGACUUGUUCCUCCGCUUCCUCCUGGGUCUUUCACUGCAGACCAAUCAGACUCUCCUGCGAGGCCUGCUCACACAGACAGGAAGUAGCUCGCUGACCAAUCAGGAAACGGUUCAGUACAUCAAGGAGAAGCUCAGUAACAAUCUGUCUGCAGAGAAAAGCAUAAAUCUGUUCCACUGUCUGAAUGAACUGAAUGACCGUUCUUUAGUGGAGGAGGUCCAACAGUCCCUGAGAUCAGGAAGUCUGUCCACAGAUAAAGUGUCUCCUGCUCAGUGGUCAGCUCUGACCUUCAUCUUACUGUCAUCAGAAAAAGAUCUGGAUGUGUUUGACCUGAAGAAAUAUUCUGCUUCAGAGGAGGCUCUUCUGGGGCUGCUGCCAGUGAUCAAAGUCUCCCACAAAGCUCUGCUGAGUGUCUGUGAGCUGUCAAUGACAGGCUGUGAAGCUCUGACUUCAGUACUCAGUUUCAAGUCCUCUAGUCUGAGAGAGCUGGACCUGAGUAUCAACAGCUUGGAUGAUUCAGGUGUGAAGCUUCUCUGA